AAAUUAUAUAGCUUUUUUUUAUUGUCCAAUAUUAUUACGUAUAAGUAUAAGACAUAACUUACUUACUAACGGAUUCAUUGAAUUCAGACUACAAUUACACUCAUAGUUAAUAUAGUGAUAUCUAUAUAAUAUUCAUAUAUCUACUAUAAAAUAUUAUCUACUGUAGAAGAAUAAAUAUGGCGUCUGAGAAUAGUACUGUUGAUACCGCUUAUACUAAAUUUUACACGCGGGAAGAAGUUGCUAAGCAUAACAAUAAUACAGAUUUAUGGUUUAUCAUUCAUAAUAAAGUUUAUAAUGUGACUGAAUUUACAACUCAUCCUGGAGGAGAAGAAGUACUUUUAGAACAAGGUGGUCAAGAUUGUACGGAAGUCUUUGAAGAUAUUGGACAUUCAAGUGAUGCAAGAGAAUUAAUGGAGAAAUUUAAAAUUGGAGAGUUAGUAGAAGAAGAAAGAACACAAGAAAAUAAUGAAUUUACUGAAGUAUCUGAAAUAAAUGGUUCUAGUUGCAGUGGUGCUUGGAGAUCAUGGCUGAUUCCUAUUGCUCUUGGGGUUCUGGCGACUCUUGUCUACCGUUACUUUAUUAAAGUACAUUAAAGCAUUCCAAAUAUUUAUUUUCUUUUUUUGUAAUUUGUAUUAUAUAUACAAACAUUUAUUAUAAAUAAUUAAUCAAAGAAUAUUACAUAUAUUGCACACAA